AUGGAGACUCCUCGUAGUAAACCGUCGCCGCCAACACCGAGAGUGAGUAAACCAACAGGGACCAAAUCCGAUGGCAAUUCGCCAUCCCCGGUGCACAGCACUCGUCUUUCACUUGACCGUUCCCCACAAAGUGUUAACUCCAAGCCUUCUCCCGAUCGCCGGACUGCAAGGAAAUUGCAAUCACGUUUAGGGAAGGGAUCUGAGCUCCAGGCUCAACUGAAUCAAAUUCAAGAGGAUCUGAGGAAAGCUAAUGAAGAGAUAGCUGCUCUGAAGAAAGAUAAAGCGAAGGCUCAUGAUGAUCUCAAAGAAUCUGAGAAAUUGACAAAGGACGCCAAUGAGAAACUUAGAGAGGCAUUGGUAGCUCAGCAGCGUGCCGAGGAGAGUUCCGAGAUUGAGAAAUUCCGAGCAGUUGAACUAGAACAGGCGGGAAUUGAAGCGGUUGACAUAAAGGAAAGCUCAUGGAAGAAAGAGGUUGAGUCAAUUAGAAGCCAGCAUGCUUUGGACAUCUCAGCUCUUCUCUCCACCACGGAAGAGCUCCACAGGAUUAAACAAGAAUUGGCUAUGACUGCUGAUGCUAAAAACAAGGCGCUCAGUCAUGCUGAGGAAGCCACCAAGAUUGCUGAAAUUCAGGCUGAGAAGGCAGAGAUUCUUUCUUCUGAGUUAAGCCGCUUAAAGGCAUUGCUUGGUUCAGUGGAACAAAAGAAAGCUAUGGAAGGCGACGAGGUGGUGUCUAAACUGAAAUCUGAAAUUGGGAUGCUGAGAGGGAAACUUGAGAAAGUUAGCAUCCUCGAGAAUACGCUGAAGGAUCGAGAAGAGUCCAUCGAACAGCUCAACGUUGACCUCGAAGCUGCUAGAAUGGUUGAAUCCUAUGCUAAUAGCUUAGAAGCAGAGUGGAAGAACGAGGCUGCUAAACUUAGAAAACAAGUUGAGGAAUCAAAUCAGUUGAAGGAAUCUGCUUCAGAAUCUUUAGAUUUAGCUAUGAAGCAGCUGGAGGAAAAGAGUCAUGCCCUUCACGAGACAGAGUUGGAUAAUGCUCAGCUAAAAGAAAAGGUUGAGUCGCUGGUGGCAACAGUUGGAAGGCAGGAAAAAGAUCUUGAGGAAUCCCAACGCCAGGUUGGCAUUUUGAAAGAAGAAACUUGUAAGAUUGAAAAGCUUGUUGAGUCAAUAAAAUCUGACCUUGAAACCGCCCAAGACGAAAAGGUUAGGGCUUUGGACAAUGAAAAGACUGCAACAUCACAGAUUCAGAACCUAUUGAACGAAAAGACAGAACUUGCGACAGAGUUGGACAACUGUAAGAGGGAAAAAGAGAAAAGCAAGAAAGCUACGGAAAGCUUAACUUUGGAUUUGCAGGAAGUAUCUACUGAAGCAAGGGAAGCUAAGGAGAAGCUCUUGACAUGUCAAGCGGAGCUUGAACACUGUGGAACCCAGAUUGAAAGUUUGAAGUUGGCUGCGAAAGAGACAAAUGACAAGUACGGGAAAAUGCUUGAAGAUGCAAGAAACGAGAUUGGUAGCCUGACAAGUAGCCUAGAAAACACUCAGAAUGAGAUUAUCAAUUCAAAGACUGAGUGGGAACAGCAAGAACUUCAUUUGAUGGGUUGUGUGAAGAAAUCGGAAGAUGAAAAGUUCUCUGUGCAGAAAGAACUUAGCAAGGUGGAGAAUUUGCUUAAUCUUAAGGAAAUUGAGGCCCAUGCAGCAAAAGAAGAAGAAGCCAUUCUGAAAAACAAUCUUAAGAAACUUGAGGAGGAGAUUAAGGAUCUGCAGGAAAGAGUUGGAGAAGCGAAAGCUGAAAUCAUGAAACUUAAAGAAAGCUUAUUGGAGAAAGAAGACGAGCUAAAGAACGUUGUUGCAGAAAACAAAAAACUCAGAGAAAUAGAGGUUUCAUCUCUCGAAAAAAUAGAUGAGUUGUCAAAGGUGAAUGAAAGCUUGGUGGAUAAUGAAACAAAACUGCACAGCAUUAUCCAAGAAGUCAGAGGGAGGGAGAUUGAUUAUCUCAAGAAGAUUGAAGAGUUGUCAGCGGCGAAUCAGAGCUUGGUUGACAAAGAAACCAAACUGUUGAGCGUUGUCCAAGAAGCUGAGGAGCUUAGAGGAAGGGAGCUUGCUUGUCUGAAGAAGAUUGAAGAGUUGUCAGCGGUGAAUGAGAGAUUGGUUGAUAUAGAAACCAAACUGCAAAGCAGUAUUCAAGAAAGUGAAGUGCUCAAAGAAAGGGAGAUUGUAUAUGUCAAAAAGAUUGAGGAGUUGUCAUUGUCAAAUGAAAAACUAGUUGAGAAAGAAACCAAAUUGGAGACCGUCGUUGGGGAAAAUGCAGAGUUAAGAGAAAAGGAGUCAUCUUAUCAUAAGAAGAUUGAAGAGUUGUCAAAGGUUAACGACCUCUUUGCUGAUACAGAAACCAAACUCCAGAGUUCUACUCAAGAAAAUGAAGAGCUUAGAGAAAGGGAGGCUGCCUAUCUUAAGAAAAUUGAAGAGUUAGCGAAGAUGCAAGAAAGUUUUCUUGAUAAAGAAAAUGAGCUCCAUGGUAUGGUCCUUGAGAUUGAGGAGCUUAAAGCCAGUGAUUCUCUAGCCCAAAAGGAGAUUGAAGAGCUUAAAGCCAAGGACUCUCUAGCCCAAAAGAAGAUUGAAGAGCUAUUAAAUCUAAAUAAAAGCUUACUCGUGAAAGAGAGUGAGUUACAGCAUCUUGUUAGUGAAAAUGAGGAGCUCAAAUCCAAAGAGGCUUUAUCACUCGAGAAAACAGAGGAAUGGGAUGAUCUUAAACAAAGUUUGGUUGAUAAAGAAAAUGAGCUGAAGACCGCAGUUGUCGAAAACGAGAAGCUCAAGGCGAAAGCUGCCUCAUCACUUGAGAAGAUUGGAGAAUUGACGAAACUUAAACAGAGUUUACUUGACAAAGAGAACGAUUUGCAGGGUGUUUUACAUGAGAACGAGGAGCUUAAGGCCAAGGAGGCAUCAUCUUUGAAGAAGAUUGAUGAGUUGUUACAUCUCGAGCAAAGUUGGCUUGAUAAGGGAAAUGAAUUUCAAAGAGUUAAUCAAGAAAAUCAAGAGCUCAAGGAGCGGGAAGCUUCAGCGGCAAAGAAGAUAGAGGAGUUGUCGAAGAUGAAAGAGAGUCUACUUGACAAAGAAACCGAGCUGAAGGCCGGGGAGGCUUCCGCGCUUAAGAAGAUCGAAGAGUUGUCAACGUUGCUAGACAAAGCUUCUUCCACACAAGAGAAACCAGAAAACGGCAAGCUUGGUGACAUCGAAAAAGACUAUGUAGAAUUUUCACAAGAACAUGGUCUCAGGUGCAGCAGAGAAGAGAUGACUAGAACCGAUCUUUCCCAUAACAGAAGUGGGGAACACACUGUACAAGAAAGUCCAGUGGAAGCCAUUGAGAAACAUUUGAAAGAAGACACAUCAAUCCAUUGGUCAGCUCACAGAGUUGAAGGGGUUGGAAAAAGAGACAAAGAUCAAGGCCCCAUGGAAGGCGAGUUGAGGACGUGGGAAGGCUACCAUAGAGAAAAGAGAGAAGCUUCUUCAGAGAGAGAGACAGAUCAUGAGUAUGCUGAAGAGGAUGAUGAAUCGAAAGCAGAAGGCAGUGAAAACUUUGAUCAGUUAAGCAAUGGCUUGUCCUCCGCAGAACACACCGAAGAUGCUGCAAGUCUGCUCUCAAAGGAACAACAUCAGAAAAAGAAGAAACCUUUGCUCCGAAAGUUUGGAAAUUUGCUGAAAAAGAAGAGUACAAGCAGCAGCAGCCAGAAAUAA